AUGACGGUCCCGUCCCGUUGCCCGGAGAGGCAUGGUGGGAGGGCGACGAUGUUCGCGGUGCAAGCCAUUAAGGAGGCAGCAGAGAUCCGUGGAGAUAAGGUAGCUCUCAGUCUUACAGCACCCGCUGAUGCCGAGAAUCAUCAUGAGUUCGCGACCCGCCAGAUCUUGGACGUGGUUGAUCUGCUGCCCGGCCCCAUCUGGCACAUCAUCUUCCGCCACCUGCUGGCACAUCAUUCUCCGGAGAAUCGGGGUGACACCUCGGGUGCAUCGCAGCAGGGAGCACGCAGCACCUCGAACGCCAAAAUUCUUCCGUUUCCUGCCAGCACGGAGCAGCAUGCGGAGGCAUUGCGGAGCUUCGGCCCGUCGUGGCCUCUGCUGUUCUCUACCAUCUAUCUGCCCAUCGCUGUGACCAUCGCUGUGACCAUCGCUGUGACCAUCGCUGUGCCCAUCGCUGUGACCAUCGCUGUGCCCAUUGCUGUGCCCAUGGCUGUGCCCAUGGCUGUGUGUGAGCAGGAGCUCGAGCCCAUGACGCUCGUUUUCAACACAGGAAUGGUCUCCUUCUUCCUCAGGCACGCCGCUCACACGUCCCUUGAUCUCGUUCUCAACAGCACCCAAGAUCUGGACAUCAUCGCCCGUCUCUUGCAGCCCUCUGCACGCUCCCUCACAAGCCUGGGCCUUGGGAUCAAGGAACCUCCCGGGGGAAUCGAGCCUAUCAUCAAGGAGAGGCACCUGAUGAAUCCGGCCUUUUUAGAGGAGUUUCAGCAGCUGCAGCGGCUGAAGUUAGGUCGUGGGACGUGGCAACUAGGCAACCUGGAUCCAGGAAACUUCAAGGCUUUAAGGAGCCUGAGCAUCCACGAUUUCGAUUGCGACGGGAAUUCUCUGACCUUUCUUUCAUCCAUCGCACCGCAGCUGCAUGAACUCGCUCUCGCCUGCUCCAGCCAUGGAUCUGGCUCUACCACCCUCGAUUUCAAGUUCCCCGCUGCUCGAGCUAUCACGGUCUGCUUCGAGAAGCAAGCGCUCCACCUCCGCCUCACCAUGGCUCCCUCUUUAAAGUCCUUCUCGGCCACUGCAGCGUUUCUCAACGUGGAUUGCACAUGCGGCAGCCGCCUCUCUCUCGACUCGCUCUCUCUCAUUGGCCGCUCGCAGCUUCUCGUGACUUCGCUCCCAUUGGCCUCCGCAAAAUCCGUCUACGUGAACGGGCCGACCAUUCGAGAAUAUCGCUGGCGUGCGUUUCCCUGUUCCGAUCUCGAAUCUCAGCGCACCGUGACCCACCUGCUCAGCAGCAUAGCACCUACAGUGGAGUCGCUUAUAGUGAGAAACGACUGGCCUCUGCAGGGCGUGCGUGUGGAGUGGAGCCGCCUGCGCCGCCUCGCCGUUGGUAUGAAUCGUUACAGCACCGGGGGGGUUGGUUACAAAGCUAAGCCCGAGGAUCCGGAAGAUUCCAAUUUCUGGAGGUGCUUUGGUGGGGAAGAAGAGAGCAGCAGAGGAGGCAACAGCAGCAGCAGCAGCAGCAGCAGCCUGUUCAUCAGCGCUCCGAACCUGAAGUCUUUCUUUUAUCAUGCCAAAGAGUACGAGUGUGAACCUGCACGUCUUCGGGUUGCUCUGCGCAGGCAGCUCCCUUCUCUGGCAUUGUUCAGCAGUGGCGCUGAUCAAGCGCUUAGGCUUUAG